AUCCCUUCCCUCGCAUUUCCCAACACAACAACAUCUUCAACUACUACUACUACUACUACUACUACAGCAACAACAACAACAACAGUAACAGCAACAGCAACAGCAACAGCCAUCAUUUCGAUCCAACACUUGUCAACCAACACCCCAGCCUCAUACCUCAUCAUAUCCAACACAAUGGUCGAUAUUGCUUCCUCACCCACGGUGCCCACCAACACCAUCACCAUCACCAACCUCGAGAACCACCACUUUGAGCCCACACUCCUGCUUGCCCUCCGCACACAGACAGAGGCCUUUGGCCAGGUCUGUUACUUCUCCCCGAUCAAGUCCUUCCACCGAGUCUUUGUCGUCUACCACUCUGUCUUUGAUGCCCAGAAAGCCAAGGCAUUCCUCCACAGCACCCGCUUUGAGGACACCACACUUCGCGUCUACUUUGGCCAGCACACCGAACUGUCCAUUGACCCCGAAAAGUACUACCUCCACCUGCCAGAGCACGUCCAGGUCAGCACCGAAAAGACCGGCUUGAUCUCCCCUCCCGGAUCUCCACCUGUCUGCCAUAUUGAAGACGAUGAUAUGGAUACGAUCGAAAAUCUCUCCUUGGAUGAUAUUACUCCGUCGCCUACACCAUCCACCUUUUCACCAACAUUAAUCCCAAGCGAAACCACCCAGUAUCAACAUAUCCUCAAACUUCGCAUCGAUACCCUUUGCACACCCUCGUCCUCCUCCUCGUCACUCCUCUCUGCACCUCGAUCCCCCAUCACCCCAACCCGCUUGGCCUUCUCGCCCGCUAAGGAAUCCCAAGGCGAGCAGCCCUUCAUCACUGUCCAGGACUGGGCCUCUGCAACACCUUGCUGUUAGACUCACAUUUACCCGACUAUUAUAAUAUAGAAUAAAAUAAUAAAACCAAGCAACACUCGAAUUAAAAUAUAACCAAGUAUAACUUUA